GGACGCGUGCGCGCUGACGUCACGGCCGUAGCAGCAGGAAGUGUUUGAAACCGAGCCGUUUUUGUAGAUAAGAAAUGACCUGCACACUUGAGAAAGUGUUGGCCGAUGCCAAAUCUCUUGUAGAGCGACUCAGAGAUCAUGACAGUGCAGCAGAGAUCCUGAUAGAGCAAACCACACUGCUCAACAAGAGGGUAGAGGCCAUGAAACAGUAUCAGGAAGAGAUUGAAGUGCUGAACCAGGUGGCGAGACACCGGCCACGCUCCACACUGGUCAUGGGCAUCCAGCAGGAGAACCGGCAGAUACGGGAACUGCAACAGGAAAACACAGAGCUGCGCACAUCACUGGAGGAGCAUCAGUCUGCGCUGGAACUGAUCAUGAGCAAGUACAGGGAGCAGGUGUUUCGCCUUCUGAUGGCCAGCAAGAGAGAAGAUCCUACUAUAGUCACCCAGCUGAGAGAGCAGCACACUAACGUCAGUCCUAAACCUACAUGCGUACACACAAUAAAAAUUAUAAAUAGUCUUCGCAAUCUUCAUGCAAAAUAUAAUUCUGCGUUGUUGUUUAUUGUGUUUGUGCAGGAGAUGCAAGCACACAUUGAAAAGAUAAAUGAAAUGGCCACGGUGAUGAGGAAAGCCAUCGAGGUGGAUGAAGGGAGGUUGUGUGAGGAUGAGGAGAGGAUCAAACGUCUGGAGUUGGAGAACAACGGCCUGCGAGAGCUGUUGGGCAUCAGCCGUGAGGCGUUCCUCGUUCUGAAGAGGGAUGACACAUCGGACAGCACGUCUCUUUCUUCCCUGCUCACCAGCACAGACGUCAGUCUCAGAAAGAGCUAAAGACUGUCAGAAACUCAGCUGUGCUGUCCUAUAAACCCGAGGAGCAUGACCUCAAACACACUCACUGCCAUUACAGCAUGACCUGAAAUUGACAGCUGUCAGAGGGAAUCUGCAGGACGGGCGUCCCUCAGUGCUUGUGUGAUGAGGAGCAUUUUCAUCUGAUCACAGAAUUACUUUUCCAUCAUCAGUCAAAUGACCAAAUUAAACGGAAUGAAAAUCAAGCUAUUUGAUUGGCGGAUUGUGAAUUGUUGUUUUAUCUGAACAUUGGACUUUGUAAGUGAAUGUCACAAUGUGCCAUUUUAACGAAAAGGUUUUCUUUGCUUGUUGCGUUUGGUGACAGUAUUUUAUGUUAUGAGAGAAAAGUGAUUAAAACAGUUACGUGAAAUGCAGUUGUCAUGUUCUUGUCUUUAUGUCAUGACCCAAUCUGAUGUGAAAAUUAGUAAUUAUCAAACAAUAAAUCACAUCUGACCA